AUGGAGACACAACACGCGUUAUCCAUUCAGAGAUCAAGUCCAACACAACUUAGCAACCAUGGAACAACCAGAGCUCUAUCAUCAUCUUUCCCUGUUCAUCAUACCGCUGUGGAAGAGAAGCAUCCCAAAUUGUUGGACUCUCAACUGUCUUCAACUAAUGGAGUUCUUCGCUCUACAGCUUUCCGCCAGUAUAUGAAAGAAAACAACACGAGCUCUUGGUCUACAGAUUCACUAUCAGAUUUUCUUGAUUACCCUGAAAGUAGCCCUAUUGAGCCAACUAAUUUACAACCCACUCCCACUGACAAUGGUUCUUGUGACCUCCCACCUGAGGAUUUUGCCAAACCAAAUGAUUGGCAAGAUUGGGCUGACCAGCUAAUCACAGAAGAUGAUGCUACAACCCCAAAUUGGAAUGAUAUUCUCGUUGAUACAGAGCCAAAGCUGGAACUUCCUGUGGGGGGAUCAUCCACAAAGUCAACGGAAGUCAAAAAGAUGGUUGUUCCUGCAUCAUCUGGAGAGUUAUGCAGCCCAAUGACACCAUCAUCAUGUGGGGGUGGGUCCCAAUCCCAAAACAAGCCAAGAAUGCGUUGGACACCAGAACUUCAUGAAGCAUUCGUGGAGGCAGUUAACAAGCUGGGUGGAAGCGAAAGAGCUACCCCCAAGGGAGUAUUGAAGCAAAUGAAAGUUGAAGGCUUAACCAUCUAUCAUGUAAAAAGUCAUCUACAGAAAUAUCGGACAGCUAGAUACAAACCUGAACCUUCAUCAGAAGGACCUUCAGAGAAAAAGCCUACUUCAAUCCAAGAUUUACCCUCCUUAGAUUUGAAAGCGAGUUUGGAGAUGACGGAAGCAUUACGAUUACAGGUGGAAGUUCAAAAAAGGCUACACGAACAACUGGAGAUUCAAAGAAACCUACAGAUGAGAAUAGAAGAACAAGGGAAAUACCUCCAGAUGAUAUUUGAGAAGCAAUGCAAGUUCGGCAUUGACAACCUCAAAUCUUCAUCAUCCACCCACACCCCCGAGAAAUCAGAAACCGAAUUAUUGACCAAUGAGAUUUCAAGUUCUCCGGUUUUACCAGAACCCGAACCGGACCCAGUUAAAGUUGGAUCACCAUCAAGCAAGUUUUGGUGUAUUAUAGAAGGGAAGGUAGCUAGUUACAAUUAUUAA